AUGAGAUCACUCAAGACAAAGCAUGGACCUCGGACAGCUGUAGGCCGUGAUUAUUCAUGGCAAAGUGAUGCUCAUCGUCACCGUCCUCCAGCACCAAUACAGAAAUUUGAUGGUGUUGACCAUAGCAUUAGAGGAGAGGAAAUUCUGUCCGUCGCUUAUGGACCAUUCUACCGUUCGUGGGAUAAAGAGAUGUGGAAGAUAUUGAAAGAAAAAACUUGGAACCAUGUAUUGAAAACAAGCAAGACUGAUAAAGAUAAGAUUUUAACCGAUUACUAUGCCGCAAUUAAGAAAGUGGAGGAAGAAAGUAGAGAUCUUUACGGUAGGGAUGAAUCAAUAGACCUUCUCUCUAGUCAUGAUUUUAUAAUGAUGAUGAUAUAUGAUGGUUGUUUCAUUUUGCAAGUAGCAUUGUCGGUGCUUGGUGGUUUCAAAAGACUUGAUCAUCUUCGUGAUUUCCAGUUGCUCAUUCCGGGGCCUAAUAAAAAGACUACAACAAUGAUAAAAGUUGCAGUGUCGUCCAUGUUUGUGAUUGGGAAUCAGGUUCCUCUUUUGGUACUCAAGGAGUUGGUGAAGCAAGAUUUUUUUCGAAAUUUUGUUAGGCAGGGAAUUUGGGAAGAACCGUCGGACUUGGAGAGGUGGGUGUUAUAUGAGUUGUUGGUGCCAUUGUUUCGAGGGGGUGAACGAGAUGGAACAAUCAUACAAACUGAUUCGCUGCUUAAUUACCUUUUAGGAAAACGAAAACGUUUUUGGUCAUUCAUCCCGAGCUUAGGACUUCCGGGAAGAGAUGCUAUAGGGUUCCAAUGGAAGAAUAAGCACCCUUCAGAAAAUGCUACAGACCUCAUUCAUGGUUUUUGGUUAUUACUGACUGGGUUAGAUGACUCUAUGGAAGAUAGUGUCUGCAAGGAUGUUGACAGAGAUGGUAGGCAUACUAGUUACAGUGCCGUUCCAGAUUGUCAUGGUAGUAAUAAAUUUGUUCUCCCGACAGUUCGAAGUGCAACGGAGCUUAAAGAAGCUGGUGUUGACUUCCGCUACAAAGGAAGCAGGACAAAGAUUAAUGGUAUAAGAUUUCGAAACAAUAUGUUUAAUGCAACUCUUUUUUUACCUCGUAUAAUUAUGGUUUCUGAGAACCAAAUGCAUGCUCUGUUAUACAACUUAAUUCGGUACGAGGCAAGACAUUUUGGUGAAAGUAAGAGAAAAGUGUGCGAGUAUCUGCAGUUGAUGCGUGGACUUGUUAGAUCAGCAGAUGAUGCCAAAGUCCUAAUGGCUGAUGGAAUCAUUGUGGUGCAUCCUGAUGAUCUAGAGGAAAAAGUUUUGGGUUUCUUCCAAAAAUUGGACGAUAUCCCUCAGUUAAGAAGCCACAGGAAUCUGAUGCGAAAUGUCAAGGACGAUCUUAACAAUUAUACCAAACCUAGCCCGUUUAAAAAGCUCGGUGAUGUGCUUAACUUUGUUGUAUUUCUUACCAUCAUUCAAAGCGCGAUGAGUUUGAUUAGUUAUUUCUACCCAAAGAAGUAG